AUGACGAGUCACAGCAGUCCAAUCGGUAACGUCACAGGUACGAAGGACCAGCUGAGUGAACAUGACACCCCAAGGAGUACAAGUGCAGUCGGGAUUAUUGGUACUGCUUCGAAAGGUAAUAUAACAGAUGCUAAAGAAUACACGCCCCACAGUUUGCCCGAAAAUGUUGAAGCUGAUAAGAAUUCUGCUAAUCACGAUAAGGAUACCGGGACGGCUAACACAAAGAAAGAGGGUUCCAGUGGUUCUGAUACUGAUAAGAAGGUUGAUGCUAAUCAGGAUAAUGUUGAUUUGAUUAAAUUCUCUGAUGAAAAUUAUUCUAACUUGUUAGAUCAUUUAGGCCAUUCAGAGACUCAAUCUCAAAAUAAAUCAACCUCGGUUGCUCAAUCGAAGGACACACAUGUUAAUGAUCGUAUUACAGGAAACCAACAUCAUUUGGAGUUAGGAACAAUAUCGAAGAACGGUGAUAACCUUGAUAUUUUAUUGCAACAAUAUCAAAACGUAAUGCACAAGUCAGAUGAUAACAAUAACCAUGAUAAGUUUUCCUCACGUGGAACUUGUGAUUUUUGUACACAACAGCAUAAGCAAUGUGUAUAUGUACCUGACCUUGGAAAUUGUAUCGAAUGUGAGACGAAGAAACGGAAAUGUACCUUUAAUGGAUCGGUUAAUCAAUCCAAACGAACAGCAGAACUAUCUGAAAUGUCAGUUGAAAAUUUACAAAGAAAAAAAUCAAGAACUAGUGAAAGUCAUAAAUCGUCUCAUGGUGAUAUCCAAAACGAAUAUUAUUCAAAUUUUUUACAAUCGUUGAACUCAUCAAUUGGUCAAUCGGGAAAUAUUCCAAAUCAAUACGAUAAUUUAUCGCAUAACGGAAUUAUGAAUGGUAGGGAUGUACAAAGACCACAAUCCCAACCUGUAAUGGACCAACAAGCUAAAGUAUCUGUCCCACAUCAUUCGAUGUCCCAAAAAGUAUUGAAGAAACAACAACAACAACAACAAAUUCAGUAUCCACGUUCUUCAUUCUACGUUGGUCCAACUUCCAUAUAUGACAUUGGUAUUGUGGACCGUAUUAAAUUGGAUAAUAUAGAUCAGAUACAAAUAUCAAAAACACUGUCAUUAAGGAAAGUCGCACCCAAAGUGCAAUUCUUGUUAAGUGAUGACUAUAAUCAGAAAUUAUACACUGAACAAGAACAACAAAUAGAUAUGGUGGAACAAUUAGUUCAUCCUCACGGUAAACUUUUAGUUGAAAUCUUUUUUAAACGGGUUCAUCCAUAUUUCCCUAUUUUGCACGAACGUGUUUUCUUAGAAAAGUAUUUGAGAUCAUAUAGAGAAUUAACUACACCAUUGUUAGCAUGUAUUUAUUCAUUAGCUCUCCAAUGGUGGGAUUUCCAUCCAAAAUUAAUUGGAUUUGCCAAACCUGAUGUGGUUGAGGUAUUGAAUGAUAUCGCAUUCAAAACGUUUUUUGAACGAAUUGAGAGACCUAAAUUGAGUAUGAUACAAACCGGUUUAUUGUUACUUCAAUGUAGAAGUGAAUCCAAAAAUAACUGGGUAUUAUGUUCUAAUGUUGUUGCAUUAUCUGAAGAACUAGGUCUUGGUGUUAGUUGUCAAGAUUGGAAAUUACCCAAGUGGGAAAAGGAUUUGCGUAAGAGACUUGCGUGGGCUGUUUGGUCAACUGAUAAAUGGACAGCUUUGAUAGAGGGUCGUCAUUCUCAUUUAAUCUUAGGUCGUAACUGGAUGGUUAAUAUCUUAAAGAGAAGUGAAUUUCCAUCGACUUCACCUAUAAUACAGGGUUUUGGAAGUUUGGAUUCCACUGGACAACAGCAACGUGAUGGUUCCUCAUUUAGUCUGAAUGUUGGGAACCUGGGACUUUAUGAUAUGUCAUUGACCAAUGAAGCAUAUCAAGAUGGUACUUUAAUGUUUCAACAAAUGGUUUCUCUAAGUAUAAUCGUUGGAGAAAUUAUGGAUACUUUUUAUACUCAAGGUGCCAUCCAUGUUAAUACAAACAUUGAACAAGUGCUAAAACUUGCUAAACCAUUACAAUUAAAAUUGAGAGAAUGGUAUCAUUCUUUACCAAAACAAUUAUCCAUGAAUAAUUUUACUGAGAAGAAAUUUAAUUCAAAUGCUACUUUAACCCUGAUAUAUUUUGCUGCAGAAAUAACUUUACAUCGUAAAAUCAUUUCUUCAUUAAAACCGAAUACUCCAAAGGAAUUGGUACAGGUUUGUCGAACAGCAGCAAGGACAAGAUUAGUGGCUGCCAUUGAAUUUGUUGGUGACCUGAAAAGUGAGCACAUUAAUUCAUUUUGGUAUGGUUGUUCAACUGGUAACUUGAUGUUGAUUGGUACUUUUGCCGCAUUGCUUUAUGUUACGGCUCCUACAAAGGAAGAAGCUGCCACUUUUAGAGAUUUGAUGCGUAAUUAUAUCUGGGUCUUGAGGGUUAGAUCUAAAAGUUUUGAUAAAUUACGCAAUGCAUUCGAGAAUAUACAUAUGUUACUGACUCAGAUUCCAGGUCUCCUAACAGAUGAAGAAAGUACGACAGAUAGAUCUAUAUCCUUUAGAACUCCUGAUUUGUCAGCAGAUGGUAAAAUUACAAGCAACGCCAGACCUCCACUAAAUAUAACUAAUCCUAUCUCUCAGGAUAUACUUCAUGGGUUGUCUAAUCUGGCAGAUACUUCACAACUGAACAAUUUUGGAAAUGGUACGGAUUUGGAUGCAGCUGGUUUGCGUGACAACAAUUUCCAUCAUGGAUCACCUUCCUCAUAUGCCUCUACACCAAUAAUAGAAAAUGAAUUGAAUGUUAAUAUGGUUCAAGAGCACAGGGCAAGGAUGAACAGAUCUAAUUCGGCUCUUUUAGGGGAUAAUCAAUCUCCUAAAGUAGGAUUGUCCAAUAGCAAUAGUAUGUCACCUUCGCAUGGUAGUGUAUAUGGUAAGCCACAGUUUUCUCCUGGUAAGAACCAUCAAUCACCAAGUCCAUCUAUGUCGAAACCAAGUGAGAGUCCGAUGGUGGCAGAAACAAUGGAUAAUCGUUCCCUUAAUAAUGAAAAGAGAGGAUCCAAGGGUAAUGGGAUGUCCCCACAAGGGAAGAUUGGGCCAGAAAUGACCUCAACUAAGGAGAAGCAUAAUGUACCAUGA